GUUCAAAGCAAGAAAUAUGAAGUAAUGCUUUUUGGUCCAAGGAAUACAGGAAGUUCAGAUAAUAUCAAAGGUUUUAUUCUAAAGGUUGUGCACAAGCAAUGGGGCAGAGAUCUGUGUAUGCAUAAGUUUUUAAAGGUGGCAACACAGGUACAGAGAGCUGCUCACAAAGUGCACGGUAUUCGAGGUUUUUUAAAUAGAGACAUGGGUACAAAAGCAGGGAAGUUAUCUCGAACAUAUAAAUGUUACUAGUUAGACAUCAGCUGGAGUACUGUGUACAUUUCUGCACACUGCACCUUCGGAAGGAUGUGAAGAAAUUGGAGACAGCGAAGAAAAAGAAUCCUAAGAUUGAUUCCAGGGAUGAGAAACUUCAAUUGUUAAAGUAGAUUGGCAAAGUUGGAUCAUUUUUGGUUGGACAGGAGAAGGUUAAGAGGUGAUUUGAAAGAAGUUUAUAAAAUCAUAAUAGCCCUGGGCAGAGUAAAUGGAAAUCAAUUUUUCCACCUGCAAAAGGAUCAAGAUGCAAAUGUGAGAUAAAGAAUCCACGAUGGAAAAUAGUGAAGAGACGGUUAAGUACUUUCAACACAAUGGCAUCAUAUUCUGUUCAUCGCUACACUCAGUUGAGCGACUUGAAUGGUUAAAAGAUUUCAACAUCGAUCCAGAUAUUCCACUCCUCAUCACUUACCCCAAAUCUGGAACUACUUGGAUGCAGCAGAUGAUUAGUCUGAUUUUAUGUAACGACAAUGAGUCCACAAAACAGGUGACCCUCUAUCGUAGAGCCCCAUGGAUAGAGAGUACCCGAUUCAACCCUGAAAGCACAGACUAUCAACUAUUGACAACACACUUAAACUACCAAAUGGUGCCGAAUAGUGUGAAAAAAAAAUUGCACAAGAUUAUUUAUGUUGCCAGAAAUCCCAAGGAUGUGAUUGUGUCAUCAUACCACUUUCACAAAUAUAGCCGUUUCUUGGAGGCACCGAAGGAUUUUCAGGAAUUUUUGGAGCAAUUUGUUGAAGGAAAUGUGUUUUUUGGAUCUUGGUUUGAACAUAUCAAAGGCUGGUACGGUCAGAAAGAUGAACUCAACAUCUUGUUUGUGGCUUAUGAGGAUAUGAUAAAUGAUCUCCGGAAUGUUGUCCAAAAAGUUGCAUCUUUUCUGAAUAAAAAGUUGGACGGAGAAACCUUGGAGUCAAUUUUGAAUCAAUGCACAUUUAAAUGUAUGAAAGAAGAUCCUCGAACAAACUACCAAGGUGUAUCAGAGUUGUUCAAUACUGAGAGUGGCUCUUUUUAUAGAAAAGGAAUUACUGGAGACUGGAAGAAUCACUUUCUUGUGUCUCAGAAUGAGUGGUUUGAUUCCAUCUACCAGGAGAAAAUGGGAGACUUCCCUCUGAAGUUUGACAGUGAUGUGAACGAUCAGACUUCAUUCCCAAAUAAGUAGUAAUUUUAAAAUUUAAAUAUUGCCGAUUGUGAUUCUCCAAUAUCUUUCUAUAGAACUUUUCCUGAUGUAUCCAGUACGGGCAUGCAAAGAUAGUAUAGGAAGUGACCCCCUUGUUCAUCAAGAAUCUAUCCAUCCCUGACUUAAAAAUACUCAAAGGCUCUGAUUCCACUACCUUUCAAGGAAGAGAAUUUCAAAUAAGCUACCGUCCAUUUUUAAACAAAGACUCGUAAUUGUAAAUUCUCCAGUAGUGGAAAGUAUCCAUUCCACAUCAAAUCUAACAAGACCCUUUGGGAUCUUGUCUAUUUCAGUCAAGUUACCUCUUCAUUUUCUAAACUCCAUGAACUACAAGUCCACCCUGUCCAAUGUCUCCUUGUGUGAUCUUUGAUUCAUUUGAUAAACCUUCUCUGUUCUGUUUCCAAUGCAUCUGCAUCCUUCCUUAAAUAAGGAGACCAAUACUGUAGACAGUACUUGAAUGUGGCCUCACGAGUGACCAGUAUAACUGAAGAAUAACCUCUCAAUUUUUGUAUUCACUUCCCUUUGCAAUAAACAAGAACUUUCUUUUGGAUCCAACCAUUUCAUUUUACUUCCAAACUCAACUAUUCGAAGGAAUUUCUGGCUGGCUUUCCAUUGCUUUACCCCAAUAAACCCUUCACUUAAAAUCCUGCCUCACUUAUCCCAAAUCUGACAAGGCUGGCAGUUGUUGGAAUUUUGACCCCUGUUUUCAGAAUCUUAGCCUCCACUUCUGGAUUUCUACUCCAGUGACAUGACCAUCAUGUCGCAGCCUCCCCAUAAUAAUAAAGAAAGACCACAUGCAUCUCUUCUGAACCAUUUCACCUACCUGCCCAGCUAUCUUUUAGAAUCUGUGGCCAAACACUCUGAGGUCCUUUGUUUCCUCUAAACCUUUCAGUACCAUUUAUGGAUAUUAAUUUGAUUUCUCCAAAAAUAGAGUUCCAAAUACCACUUCUUCAUAUUAAAUUCAAUUUGCUCAUCUGACCAGUUGGUGUCAAAAUAUUUUAUUUUUCAACAGCUUCUUUCGACAUUUCUUCAGGAUUAUUUUUGGAUUUUCAGGGCGAUGGAUUGAUGUACAGGAGUUCCUUUCUCAUCCUCAAUUACUCCUUUAUUUGUUAAUUAAGUCACAAAGUAACUUCUUGAUUUAUCUUAACGCAUGGGAUAUUCUUGCUGACAUUUGGAGUAUCUGAACUCUCAGAAUUAGAUGAAUUAGAUUAGAUUAGAUUCCCUACAGUGUGGAAACAGGCCCUUUCGCCCAACAAGUCCACACCGCCCCUUGGAGCAUGCCACCCAGACCCAUCCCCCUAUAACCCACACAUCUCUGAACACUAUGGGCAAUUUAGCAUGGCCAAUCCACCUAGCCCGUACAUCUUUGAGCUGUGGGAGGAAACCAGAUCAACCGGACAAAACCCAUGCAGACACGGGGAGAACGUGCAAACUCCGCACAGACAGUUCCCAGAGGCUGGAAUCGAACCCAGGUCCCUGGUGCUGUGAGGUUGCGGUGCUAACCACUGAGCCACUGUGCUCCUCAAAUUCAACAAUACCCUCACUUAGCCUGAGCCUAGUAAACUUAAAGCCAUGACAUUUCAUGAAAUCAUUAAUCUCCUGGGCACUGCAGUAUUUAAAUUGGGAAGAGACACUCAACAAACUUUAGCAAUAUAAGUCUUCCAUGCAAAAGAAUAACUUGUACACGCUGCUGCACAUUAAAAAAAACCUGAAACAAGCUUCCCACAGACUGACGAGGUCUCAACGAAACAGUUGCAUCUUUGUUAUUGACAUGGUGACUGUACCUUAAGUGACAUAAAAAAUGUUUUAAUGAAGUAGAACUGUUUAAUGUUAAAAAUUAGUCAAUUGACUGUGUUCUUAACAAUAACUUCACCGCUUUCUAGGGAAAAGGUAUAAAUUUGCAACUCCUCUUUCCUUACCUUUAUAGCUCCUCUUCCCCCACCCUGUUGUAGCUUCUCACCGUCACUUUGUAUUUCCCUCUGAACCACUUUCUCAUUCCCUCGCUACUCUGCAGCUACACUUCUUUCCAGAUUCCAGGACUGGUAGCUUUGCUCCGCGGGCCCUGGCGUCACCUUCCAUUCCCACAGACUUCAGCUUUGCAGCCUUGCUGACUGCUCCCACUCACCUCACUGAUGAUUCAGUUGCAGACUGCUCCCCUCCCAUGUUUGCAAGUGAGAGUCAGCCUGUGAUUGGAGGCGCAGCUCCUCAAUGAUAUUGUCCAUUCUGUUGAUGGGAUAGCUUUACGCCCAAUUGUUCUCCUGUGACAAAAUAUUCCCAGGUCUUUUGAGAGGAUUUUGAGAUAAAUUCCCCCACCUUCCCAAGUAUUUUGAGUGUUGCUGACCAGCCUAUUAAUAUAUUCCUGCAAUCUGCAGCUUUCUCUCACUAUUAGCUAAACUUCUUUUCUGCGAACUUCUUAAUAGUCUCCUCUAAAUUUAAGCGUAUAUCACCAAUAUUUACAUAUUUUAGUCUCAAUCAUUCACAUAUAUAUAAGCAUUUAGAUUUUACAGCUCCUUUACAGCCAGAAUAAAUUUGCAUAAUUGGUAGCUGAUCUCAAUGUUUCAUUUGUCAAAUGUGUACUAUCUCCUUGGUACCUCAAAAUUGAUGUAAAUACCCGAGCAGGCAAGACAGGUUGUUUUCAGAAAAUCCGCUGAAAAUUCAGACCACACCACUCCUUUCAUUGAAUACCAAUGAUAUUUUAAAAAGUGACCACUCGUGCACAUGGGGUACAAACACAAAGUUGCUGGAAAUGUUCAGCAGGUCUGGCACUAUCUGUGAAGGAAAAAACAGAGUUAAUGUUUUGGGUCCGGUGACGCUUCGUCAGAACUCAUACGCAUGGGAUGGUUCACUUGUAUAUUUGGUGUAUAAGUGGAUCCCUGCAUUUGGAAGACUUUGUUUUUCAAUUUAUAUGCCAACUUCUACAGGAUAGUACUCUUUUGGGCUGCUUUCCCGGAUCUAUUCAUCAAUUCAUUGAAGCCUUUUUCUAUAAUGGUAGCCAAGAGAGUAAUCUUCAGACAUUGAUGAGGUGCUGCGAGAGUCGGCUGUAUCACACUAAGUUUGAUCAAACUACUCUUCCUUAUCGAAUACUUAUGUGAAUAUCAAUAUAACUACUUCAUAAAAGUUCGAUAAUUAAUUGACAAUUUUUAUCAAAUAUUGCAUUUUCUGUAUUUUAAGAAUAAAUCGUAUACUCACUUUAUAAAUA